CGCCCGCGCUCCUUCUUCCCUCUUUCCCUCCCUGAGGGGUGCGGGCAGCCCCAGCUGCCCCCCCAAGCACCGCCGUGGCGGCAGCGGGCGGUAGCUGCGCCCCCACAGCGGCGUCUCUCCCGCCUGUGCCGUGAGGGGAAAGCCCCCGCGGAGCGGCAACGCCAUGGCGCGGAGCGGGCCGCGGUCCUCCCGCGGCCGCACUCUUUCAGCUCCGUCUCUCUCGAUUUAUUCUGUCCCGAAAUCCCCAGUCUGUGACAUGGGACUCCGCCAGAAUCCCCACAAAAUACCGACAUUGCUCGAUAUUCGCCAAACAUGCGGGGAAAGGGCCUGCGCUUCCCGAGCUGGUGGCGUUCCCCGGCACGGGGCCCAGUAGCGCGGCCUUCGCCCGCAGCGGGACUCGGCCGAGGCUGGCAGCCUCCCCGCGUCCCCUUCAGCUGCUGCCAAGACGCGCUGCACGGGAUCGGGGUUUUCUUCGUAUUACGGAAACACUGGGAAACCUAAAAUUACUUCUUUCCCCCAUUCUGAGCCAUAUUUUUCUUCACUUAAUUUCUUUAAUGGAUUUUGGGCAGGUACUCAUCUCAAAAUGCUUACUUAAUUCUUUCUACAGAGGAAUUUUCUCUUAGAAUGUCCAAUGAGCAUUUGAUAACAGUUUCAAUGAAAAAAAAAUGCAUUAAAAUUAUGGAAACCGUCCUUCACUUUCAGAAUUAACAUACUUUGUACAGAAUUGAUGUUAACAGCUGUUUACUGAACUUCAGUCCCAGGGGAGCUGCCUUCGGCUUGUCCGUGGUGGACAGAAGCCAUGAAGCAGCACUUGGCAUCGAUCUCCGUGCAGUUGUAGGUCUCCAGAGGGAGAAGGGAGACAAAAUUCACUCUGCUGGUGGGCCUUAUCGAUUGCUUUUCUUCUGGGGAAAGAAAGAAAAAAAAAGAAAACAAAUAGCCUUGAACGUGCUGCACUGGAACACUGUGUUAAACAUGAGUACUUUGGCAAGUAGCGUAAUUGGCCCGAUCUUCCUCUGAUGUAAGUCUGUAUAAUUGUGCUGAAGUCUGUAAGCCUCACUUGGCAUAAUGAGAAAUGGCUCCCUUGUGGGAAAAUUAUUUCCUGGUGAUACUGUCUCUUUAAAAAAACAACUCAAACCACAGAACAUCGUUAUUCUUUGGAAACAUGAACUAGAUAACCUCCUGAGGUCCCUUCCAACCUGAAUUAUCCUGUGUUUCUACACUGCUGCUGUUUGUUCAUACAGUAUUUUGCAUGAUGGAGCCCCGGCUCCUAACUGAAGCCACUUUGUGCAGAGCAGCGAUACAGCCUGCUGAGCUGGGGAGGUGGAAGUGGAGUGAAACAGUCCCAAGACCCAGUGGUGUGUUAGAGCAUAGGGUGUGUUACUCUCAGCCUGGAUUAUUGAAACAGCUUCAGCUCUCGUUUCCUCUCUGUGGCAACCCCAAAUCUGCUUGCGCAUUACUAUCACACUACAGAUUACAUGAAAAUAGGCACUGGUAUUCUGCAAAGGGUGGUUUUAAUUACAUUUAGUGCUUUUUUACAUGUAUCACAAACAUGUUCAUGCAAUAUCUCAUUUAUAUCCUUUAAUAUUUCUUAUCUCAAAUUGCAUAACAAUUUUUACUACUACUACCAUUUCUGCUCCACAGGCAGAGAAGCUGAGGCACUAAUACCUUAAGACCUACAUUUUCAUGCUUGACUGCUUUGACUUGCAAAACAGCAGCCCACCUCUUCAAGAUUUCUAACAGCGUGAAAUCUUAUGAAACAGUGUUAGUGCGUUUUGGUACUGGAAUGAUGACUACUCUAGAAGCUGUCAAGAAGAGGCAAAAUUAUACUAGUGUACAUGAGGCAGUGAAAGCUGGUGAUGUAGAAGAGCUUGCGGCAAUGAUAAAAAGUGGAGCCGGUAUUAAUGAGGUGGAUUUAGUCCACAAAUUCACACCGUUGCACUGUGCUGCACACUCUGGAAGUCUGGAGUGCCUUCACUGGUUGCUCUGGCACGGAGCUGAUACAACACACGUCACUGUCGGAGGCUGGACAGCAGCUCACCUCGCGGCUAUCCGAGGUCAGGAUGCUUGCAUGCAGGCUUUGUUAAUAAAUGGAGUGAGUGCAGAGGCUCAGGAUGAUCGUGGGUGCACGCCGUCGCACUUAGCUGCAGCCCAUGGGCAGUCUUACACCUUGCAAACCAUACUGCGAAGUGGAGCGAAUGUAAAUGUUUCAGACAGGAAUGACUGGAAGCCUGUUCAUUAUGCUGCUUUUCAUGGUCGCUUGGGGUGUUUGCAGCUUCUUGUUAGAUGGGGAGCGUGUAUAGAUGAUGUGGAUAACAAUGGAAACCUUCCAGCUCAUCUGGCAGCAAAGGAAGGACACUUGCAUUGCUUUAAGUUCUUGGUCAGUAAAAUGGCCACUGCCAUGCACACACUGAAAGCCAGGAAUGACCAAGGAGAGACUCCAAGGGACUUGGCUGAACGGUUCUAUAAAGAUAAUAUUCUGCAAUAUAUUGACAGUGUUGAAAAAGAGGAUGAACGUCCAGAGACACAGGAAGCUGCUGGACAGGGGCAUACCCAUUGCUUACAGUGGCUGAUUGAAAUGGGAGCUGACUGUGACAUUACAAAUGAUGCUGGAGAGACUCCAAAGGAUGUAGCCAAGAGAUUUGCCCAACUGGCAGCGGUGGAACUUUUGACACAAAGAACUGGAGACAGUAACUCUAGUGAUGAAGAACUAGAUGCAAACAACAUAAAGUUUUUUGAAAGACAUAGUGUGGAAGGAAGUACAGAUAGCAAAGAAGAUUUAACCCUGGAUAAAGCAGAGAAAAGGAACGCACGCAUAAGGGCCUAUCGCAAGAUUCAAGAACUUCAGCAACUUCUAGAAAUUGCCUACAGCAACUACAGACAGCUGGGAGGAAUAACUGAAGAGGAGAAGAAGAUGAAAAAAGAGGAAAGAGAGGUUGAGAAGGCCAUGAGGGAGCUGGAGGCCCAGCUGGAAUAUGAGCGAGUCAGGCGGGAGAAGCUGGAGAGCCAGCUGGAUGACUACCGUGCUGAGAUAAGCCGCCUUAGAGAGAGCCUGGAGAAAACCUGCGCACCCCCUGCUCUCCCCGUGGAAGCUAAGACCAUCUCCAAGUCUUGCAAAGAGCAAAAGAAAGUAAAGAAGAAACCAGCCUGCAGCCCUGGGGGAGUGUUUGUGAGACUGCGUUGAGGAAUGAACCUCCGAAGAGGGGCAGGCACACCAAGGAGGUGCACAGGAGAAAAAUAAAAAACAAUUUUACAAAUUCAGAAAACUGCUAACCAAGUUAAUCAGUCAUGUAAGUGUUACUACCGUGUGCAUGCAAUUACUCUUCCAGAAUUUUUCUCCCAAUGGAGCAAUUUGUUCUUGAUUAAAUAUCCUAACUAGUGUGUUCAAUCUGUGUAGCCAUAUAUAAUCUGCUGGGAAUUUUUCUCAAAAUAAAGGGAUUAUUUUUAAACAUUGAUGAUCUUGUUAUUCUGAGACUAAAGACAGCAGAAACAUACCAAAAUGCUGCCAAGCAAGACCAGAACGUGUCUCAGUGACCAGUUUAAUUAAAUUGCUGACUACUCUCCCUGCAUUGUAUGGUUAAUGGUGACAAGACUGUACCAGAAUUGCCCUUAAAUAAAAAUACAGAAGAUGAUUCUAAGAGGUGUAGAUUUUCUUUUU